AUGACGCCAGACGGAAACGUGACAUUUGUGAAGGACUUUUUCAUUGUUGGUUUUCCUGGACUUCAUCCUAACUACUAUGCCCUUGUAUCUGCAGUUAUGUUCUUAGUUUAUGUGUGUAUCUUGAUAGCGAAUGGAAUUUUUCUUCUUUUGUUUGCAACAAACAAAAGUCUCCACAAACCCAUGUACUUUAUUUAUGUAAGUCUUGUGUUGUCUGAUGUGUUGUUUAGUACAUGCACCUUACCAAAGAUCAUUGCUAGGUAUUGGUUUCAAGCUGGGACCAUUUCUUUUGCAGCUUGUUUUUUUCAGAUGUACUUAGUGCAUUAUUUUGGUGUGGUCAGUUCAUACACACUAGCCGUAAUGGCCAUUGAUCGAUAUAUAGCGGUUUGCUACCCAUUCCGUUAUCAUAUUAUUAUGUCAAAUAGAAAUAUAAUAAUUCUGAGCGUAGUGGUCUGGCUUUUCUCUCAUUCUUGCAGUAUAUUGUUGGUUGCCCGGGCUUCCCUACUUCCUUACUGUGGAGCCAAUACCAUCGUACAAUGCUAUUGUGAUCACAUAUCUAUUACCCGACUUGCAUGCACUGACAGGACUACAUAUAGUUUUCCAGCUUUUGUUUAUGCCAUGGUAAUAUUGCUGGGAUCUCUUGCCAUUAUUGUGUUCUCUUAUUUCUGCAUUAUUUUAGCUGUCCUACAAAUAUCAAGUGCACAGGGGCGGCUAAAGACUUUUUCCACAUGUAGUUCUCAACUCAUUAUAAUUGCGCUCUUCUUCUUACCCAGGUGUUUUAAUUACUUAGCUGCCAAUGUAGGUAUUACAUUUAAUGCCGAUUUGCAAAUAGCCAUCAUUAUGAUGUAUAGCCUGUUACCUCCAAUGAUAAAUCCUUUACUCUACAGUCUAAAAACAGAAGAAGUUAAGAAGAUUUUGAUAAGAGAAUUUAAAAAAGACCAAGUAAGCUUGACCUUAUGUGUCAGAUCUUAAAAUAUAUUAUGGUACAUGUGGACAGGGCUAUUGUGUUAAGGAGAAACUGUAAUUGGAUCUACACAUGAUGACCAACUUCAGCACAUAGUAAUCAAAUAGCGGAAUUUUUUUGAG